AUGGAGGACGACCGAACCCGGUCCCAGGUCCCUGACUGGGGAAAACUUCGGCCAGGACCAUUUACCGAGCGCAUCAAGAAGUCCAGACCGGACAGGGAGGUGCAGCCGUUGCGUAUACCAUUUUAUACCGGCGUGGAGGACCCUUUGACGCACCUUCACUCCUUCCAAUCGGCAGUUGGAUGCAAGGGCCUCAGCGACGAGGGGCAAUGUCUGCUGUUUCCAUCGUCCCUUACCGAAGCCGCUCUGAACUGGUUCUACUGUCUUGAGCCGGAGACGGUAGACUCCUUUGACGAAUUGAAACAGAUUUUCCUCAAUCACUUCAUGAUCCAGACAGACCGCUUGUACUCUGUCGAUGAUCUGUACACGAUUCGGCAGAGAGAGGACGAACCCCUACGGGAGUACGCAGCGCGCUUUAGUCACGAGUACUCGAGGUGUCCAGAAACGGACGACAGGGUAGCCUUCGGCGCCUUCAAGAGUGGCCUUCAGUCCUCUCACUUCCGGUACCUCGCCGCAGUUCAUGCGAAAGCCGAAUACUUCAACUCCAAACCCGGGCCUUCGGCUCGGAAGGAGGAGUCAACGACCAAGAGCUAUCCGGGGCGAACUGACGAUUCUUCGGCAGGACACAAACGGAAGGACGACCGUGAUAGUCAUCAGGGAAACUCGAAAAAGGGUCGUGGGAAAUACGGUCGUAACGACCACCGUGCGCCGCUACCGAAUCACGAUCGUGCCCAGGAAGACAAUCGGGACACUGGCAAAUUCUGUCAAUACCACCAGCAGAACAGCCACAACACCGAAGACUGCAUCAGUCUGAGGAAGAUCGUUGAGCGUUUGAUUCGGGAGGGAAAGUUGGAUCAGUACCUCGCUAGGCCACCACAGGCACUAGCACUGAACGCGAAUCGGCAGAUCAACAUGAUCAGCACGAUCAGCGGUGGCCCCACUUUGGCGGGACCCUCUAACCGUUCAAUGAAGCAGUAUAUGCGUGCCGCCCACUGCCCUCAGGUCUUCGGCAUAAAAGACGAUCGGUGCCGAAAGGUGCCGAAGGUGGGAUGGGAGCCCAUCACAUUCCGUGAAGAAGAAGAGGAGGAGAUCAUUUACCCCCAUGAUGACCCAAUUGGGCCGAGAUCGCCGACUAUGAUGUAG